AUUAAGUCUUAUUUUACACACAAAAUAAUUUUUUUGUUUAAAUGUUGAAGACUUGUAAUACACCUGAGUUUAGAAGCGCUAUUUUUGUUUUCAAUGUUUCAAUCUAAAAAAAGCUCCAUCACAUACAACGGCAGCACUGCCCGCCACGCUGAUGACGAAAUAAGCAUAAAACCGGUCCGUUACUCGCCCAUGCUCUCAUUCAGUCUCUAACAAGCAACUGUGCGCGACGUGGAAAUCGAAUACCAUUAGUUUGCCAUUGUGAGAAGAAAGUGAAAGGAAAAAUCCGCGCGACAACAUGGAAUACAAAGUUACCCCGCCGGCGGUGCUUCGGGAUGUGCUCGUUACACCAAACAAACUGCUGAUGGGACCCGGACCAUCGAAUGCCCCCCAACGAGUUCUGGAUGCUAUGUCACGGCCAAUUCUCGGUCACCUACACCCGGAGACACUCAAAAUUAUGGACGACAUCAAAGAGGGUGUUCGGUAUCUGUUUCAAACCACUAAUGUUGCAACAUUCUGUCUAAGUGCGUCCGGUCACGGCGGCAUGGAAGCUACCCUGUGCAACCUGAUCGAAGAUGGAGAUGUGGUUCUAAUCGGUCAUACCGGUCAUUGGGGUGACCGAGCGGCAGAUAUGGCCACUCGCUACGGCGCUGAUGUUCGGGUUGUUAAGUCUAAAGUUGGCCAAUCUCUAAGUUUGGAUGAACUUGGCGAUGCCCUUUUGCUCCACAAGCCAUCGGUGCUGUUCCUGACGCAAGGCGAUUCAUCCACGGGGGUUCUGCAAGGUUUGGACGGAGUUGGAGCAUUAUGUCAUCAGCACAAUUGCUUGCUGAUUGUGGACACGGUGGCCUCGCUCGGGGGAACGCCAAUGUUCAUGGAUCGAUGGGAGAUCGACGCCAUGUACACCGGAUCACAGAAAGUUCUCGGUGCUCCGCCUGGUAUUACUCCGGUGUCGUUCAGCCACAAAGCUGUAGAACGUUACAAGCAACGAAACACCAAAGUUAAAGUUUACUACUGGGAUAUGUCACUGGUCGGAGACUACUGGGGCUGCUUCGGAAGACCCAGAAUCUACCACCACACCGUCUCCUGCACCUUACUGUACGGCCUACGGGAAGCGAUCGCCAUUGCUUGCGAGGAAGGCCUUCCGGCGCUGAUCGCCCGCCACGAGGACUGUGCCAAGCGGCUGUACCACGGACUGCAGAAGGCCGGAUUUGAACUGUACGCUGAACCUAAGGACCGUUUGUCGACGGUAACGACCAUCAAAGUCCCUCAGGGGGUGGAUUGGCUCAAGACCGCUCAGUAUGCGAUGAAGACAUAUUUGGUGGAAAUCAGCGGAGGUUUGGGACCAACAGCCGGACAAGUAUUCAGAAUAGGAUUGAUGGGUCAAAAUGCCACCAGUGAGCGAGUGGAUAGAGUUCUUCAAGUGUUUCAGGAAGCAGUCGCCGCCGUGAAACCCGAAGUUCAGGUGAAGGGAAAAAUGUAAUCUACGGUUUUCGAAACAAGUUAGACUUAAUAAAUUUUUACUUACCCCAUU